CAGUAGGAAAUAACUAAACACGUUUUCCGACCGCCAUCGCACGCCGCCGCGACUCUCUAAGAACUCGCCCUUCCAUCCCCGCCAAUGCUUCUUCUUCCUCAAACCCUUGUCGCCUUUCAGUUUCGCAUCCUAACUCCAUCUCAAGCUCUCUACUAAGUAACUAUCUGGCUGACGCAGGAAGAACACGAGCGGAACGAAACCAAAAGAAGGCGAAAUGAUGCAGAUAUGUAGAAGCUUGAGACAACUUUUAAGGUUUUCCCGGCGCAUUUCUUCUGGAAUAUACUUAGGGCAGAGCGGAGAAGCCAGAAGAGGUUACUCUGUCUCCACUUCAGUCGCCCCAUUUCGUUCAUUUCUUAGAACCACCAACUACCCAGGAAUACUUUGGUGGAACUUCUCUUAUUCUCAGAGGUACUCGACAGCAUCAGAAGAAGCAUCUACUAGUAUUCCUGCCCCUGCAGCAGAUGAUGAUGUGGUCUCCUUUGUUCGAUCCAUUGCCGAUGAGCAUGAAGGCCCAAAUCAUGUUUGGUUAAAUGUAUAUUAUGGAGAUAAACCCUUCUUGAAGAGAAAUGGGACAUUUUUAAUCCUCGCUGAUUCUCCGAACUUUGUGUUUUGGGCCUUCAUACCGGGAGUUCUGCUAGCUUCGCUGCUGAUCGAGAUCAUGUUAUUGACUUGAUAAUGAAAGAAUACAUCACCUUCCCCAUUCUGUUGUCAAACAAGAACUUCACAGAGGUAAGAUGGAAAACGGAGUCUGCUACAUUAUGUUCAGAGAAUCUGAGAAUCCUCUAGUUCAGCAUGAGAAGGAUCUGGAUAUUGGAACACUUUAUGCAGAGGAGAUGCAAGUACUACAAAAACAGAAUCCUGGUGAUGGAAACUCCAGUAUGGCUUGUUUGAAAAGCACUUGGACAAAACUAGCUGAUGCUGUGAAGGAACCAUACAUUGUUUCACCUAUUCAGAACUUGCUUCUCUAUUUCCCAGGCUGUAUAUCUGCAGAUAUAAGUGGCAGUCGGCUAUUCUUUUCUGACACCAAUCAUCACUGUAUCAUCAUUUCUGAUGGUAAUGGAAGUAUUCUUGACUGUGUAAGUAAUUAAUUUUAAUAACUUCAAUAUAUUUGGUUUAUGUGUCAUGUGAUGUCCUCCACCGUAUCCUCAAUGUUUGAUAAUUUUAACAAAAGUGCAUGUUUGAUGUAAAAAAUAGAACCAUGCAGUCAGGAGAGCUGACUUGGAGAGACGGGUUCUAGAGACGUUAUAUCCUUCUUCUAAUGCUACUGUAGAAAAGGAAAGUCUAUGGACAAAGAUCGCAAGUAAACUGGGCUUUGGAAUUGCUGCUGUUGAAGCUAAAUCCAAAGAGUUUGAUCCCCAGUCUUUACUGUUUCCUUGGCAUCUAUUGAAGUCAGAAGAGGAGGAUCACUGCUUAAUCAUUAACCGGAGUUUUGUUUUUGUUUCUAAUGAGCAGCUUUGAGACACUAUGGGUAAUGGAUUUGACCACUGGAGAGAUAAAAGAUGUUAUCAAAGGAUUCCAAAAGAUUCGAGAUACCUGUGGAAAUUUGAUCACAGAUAAAUUAUCUCUCUUGAAGGAAAUGCCAAGUGAUUGGUUGGAACAGCAGGCUGGUACUUACUUGUCAAGUAAAGAUACCUUGUAUGCUACCCUCAUAUCAUCACUUACAACUUUCAACGGCCACGUGUUUGCUUGUGAUACAACUGCACAGAAGGUGGUGAAAAUGAAUAGAGAAACUAGGGCCUGCUCCAUGUUUCAGUUGGUGAAUUACAGGAUCCUUGGACUACCCUACUGGUGCUCCUUCCCACUGGAAAGGGUAUAUUCCCUUUCUCCAACUCAUGAGUUGUGGACUGAUCAUCUUCAACACUUCAACCAAUUGCCAGGCAGGACAGACGUAGAUAUAAAGGUCGACAUUCCAAUAGAUACUGAACUGGUUGAACCAUUGCAUGAGGGAUGUAUCUGGCGUCAUGCAAGAGGAGCUGCUAUGAAGUCUCAGGAACAAACGCUGAACUGGAAUCUUCGGAAAAGGUUGAUUGUCCUUAUCUGUUGUCUUCUUUCCUCAUCUCAUUCCUUUGGUGUUCCUUUUAUACUGGGUCUCUUAGAAGUUCCUGCUUUUAUGGUUUGCAUACAGGUUGCCCAGAAGUGGUAUGAUGAACUCGAUAAUUUGGCAUUUUCAUCGGCUGCUGAAUCAGAGACAAUUGUGGAAGAUGAUGAUAGCACAAUUGCAGACACUGAGAAUUUUGAGGACGACAAAGUUCGGAUUCAUUGUGCAGUUAAUACGAGCCCUGGCUUGAGUGAGGUGAUCAUAUAUGCACCACUAUAUCUGAGACUCAGAAGAGAUGCGAAUGUAGACGAAGAAGAUAAUCAGGAUAAACAUGCAGCGAGGAUAGCUGAUAUCCUAAAAUGGGGUAGUCACGGCUUAACCACAAGAGAUUCAUGCAUUCAGCUCUUGUCAAGAUCAGGAAAGGAUUUGAGAGACCUCGUCUUUGUGAAACCACUGCAUGUCAGAAUAAGAAUAGAAUGCCCUAAUCACCCUAAGGCACCCGAUAACACGAAAGAUAUCAUAUUGACCAAUUCCACUAUUGAUGUCCAUGUCUCACUUUGAGCAAGUAAAAGGACCAUGAGGGCAAUUGAUUCAUAACUCAGUUUUGGUGAUGUUGGUAUAGUUGAAUCUGGAUCUCCAGUUCUCUGGAUAGCUUAUUCAAGGAUCCGUUGUCUUAUUGAUUGAUCUUUUGAAGCUUCAAAGGAAGCUCUCAGUUUUGGUGAUGUUGGUAUUGUCAAUCAAUUACCAGUUCU